UUUUGUGUAUGUGAUCAGAAGCACUGUUGGACGUUUGUUCUGACGACUGUGCUCCAAAUCCAUGUGAAUCAAUAAAUGUUGAGCUAUCCUGAUUCCUGUGACUCUGCACAUCAUUAAGUACAAGUUUUCUAUCAAGAAUGUCACAAGAAGAAGAAGCCAGCUCUAAUGUCACUAGCACAGAGCUAAGGGCAGUCCUCUUGGGAUGGCGCAAGUCUGGAAAGACUUCAGUGAUUAAUACCUUAUUAGGCCCUGAUGUGACUGUGGCAGUAAGUGGUCAGUGUGUGAAGAAAGAGGGACGUGUUAAUGGACGUAAAUUCACAUUGGUUGAUACUCCUGGAUGGUGGAAAGACUGCAGCAUAAGAGAUUUACCAGAGCUUUCCAAACAAGCAAUAAUGCGCAGUGUAUCUCUGUGCCCCCCCGGGCCUCAUGCUUUUCUCCUGGUGAUUGAAGCCGACUUGGUAUUUAUGGAAAAGUAUAUGGAACCAUUAGAGCAGUGCAUGGAGCUUUUAGGUGAUAGAGUCUGGGCACAUACCAUAGUGCUCUUCACAGGGAGUGACAAACUGAUAAAUAUGACCAUUGACCAGCACAUACAAAGAGGUGAGGAGACAUUGCAGAGGCUUUUACAGAAGUGUGGAAACAGAUUUCAUGUUUUUGAUAAUACCAACCAAAGCAACAGGGCUCAAGGCUCUGAGUUAUUGGAGAAAAUUGAGGAGGUGGCGAGACAAAAUCGUGGAAGAUUUUUUGUGACUGAUCCGGAAGUUCUUCAAGACCUUCAGGGAAAAUGGGAAGAUGUUCAGAGAAGAGCCACUGCUAGGCAAACCAAGGUACAGGAAGAAAGGUCCAUAAUUAAAAAAAAAGCAAGUGUGUGUCACCUUGAAGAGCUGAGAGUUGUGCUCCUGGGCUGGGUGAUGUCUGGGAAGAGCUCAGUGGGAAACAGCAUCCUGAAUCAGAAAAGGUUUGUGACGGGAAAACGAACAGCAGAAUGCGUAAGAGAGUGUGGAAGUGUUGCUGGAAGAAAUGUGACUGUGGUGGACACUCCUGGAUGGUGGAAGUUCUUCUCACCCGAACUGAAUCCAGAAUGGGUCCAGGACAAAAUCUUUGGCAGUAUCUCAAAAUGUGAAUUCCCCCAUGUCAUGCUCCUGGUGCUGCCUGCAGACGCAUCCUUUAUGGAAGAGCAGAAAAGGGUCAUUGAAGAAAACAUGUCUAUUUUUGGUGAGCAGAUAUGGAGAUACACCAUUGUGUUGUUCACAUGGAGUGAUUUCCUUGGUGAUGCAUUGAUUGAGCACCACAUUGAGAGUGAAGGCGAGGCCCUUCAGUGGCUGAUAGAGAAGUGUGGAAACAGGUAUCACGUCUUUGAUAACAGCAAAGUGGGGGAUCACACUCAGGUCAGUGAGCUGCUGGAGAAGAUUGAAGAAAUGGUGGCAGGGAACUGCUCAUUCCAGCCUGGUGUAACAGAGUUAUAUGAAAAGAAGACCAAGCCACAGUCAAGUCUUUAUGAUGAAGAUCAGUUCAAGGACAUCAUGAAGGUCCUAAAGACGGAAUGGAACAGAAGGGCUAUGAAGUUUCAAGAAAAUGUGGAGAAUAUAUGCUCAGAAGUCACUGGGCCACUCAGGGAAAGAACACACAGCUUAAAACACCCUCCUGAGUUAACUGAAAAGGAUAAAUCAGAGACCUCUGAAACCUUUGUCAGUUUAAGAAAAAGUAUUCAAAGCAUGUACCCUCAUAACUUGUGUAGUGAAGAGGAAGAAGCCUCUGACAGCCCCAAAAUGUCUGAAUCCGAACGUGAAGUGCAUUACCCAGUGGAAAAACAGGUUACACAGGUUAAUGAUAACCUAACCAAGCAGCUUCUAACUCUUCUGGAGAGAGAAUGGAACAGGCAAGAGACAAUGGUUAUGGAGAAAGUGCGGGCAACACUUCACGAAGCUGACCAAGCCAGGGAGGCCAGUAAAGAAGAGAUCCUCAGGUCAGUGGCCAAAGUGCUUUGGUGGUUUCCAGGCUGUAAAAAUGAGAAGGAACCAUGCAAAGAUGAUGAACCCACAGAGCUGUUCAAAUCAGAAAGAAACCAAAUAUCCGUAUUAUAAAAAAACAUGUAAGUUGGCUUGUUUUGUGUGUUCAGUUGGUUUAAGUCAGUAUUUGAGAAGACAUUCUCAAUUUGAAAAGACAUAUUGAAAGACCUGUUCCUAUGUUUGCAUGUUUAAACUAAUGAGUAAAUUGAGUGAUUUUAUGUGUCAGAUAUUGAAAUUAGUUUUUUGCAUGGAUUUCUGACCCUUUAGAAUGAAUCAAGCUGUUGUUAAUGUAUGAUAAUUAAUGUUAAUGAUGUCCUUGUGCCUCAUUUAAAAAGCAAUCUGUGCUGAAACACUUCUCAUACCAAAGAAUAAUAGG